AUGAACCUCCUCUUCCCUCAAGUCUACCACACCACCAAGGUCCCUAGCCCGGCCACUCCUCAAGAGCCCGAGCCUUGGGUUGUCGCACUGAAGGACACCAUUAAAGACAAGUACAAGAGCCGCUCAACUGCCUCAAGCAAGAGCUCCAUGACUCUGUCCGACAACGCCUCCACACGUUCUGCCGUUUCCACCGCGACCACACUCAACAUGUCAGCUCUUGAAGCCCCCAAGAAGAAGAAGCACUGGUACUCCCUGGGUUCCAAGUCCAGUGAGACACUCGCAGACCCCAAGUUUGUCCGCAACUCCGAUAAACAGGCUGCCCUUAAGGCUGUUCACAACGAAGCCGUUGCUAGCUACUUCAGCACUCGCUAA